GCUUGGAACGUUAUUUAGACUGUCCGUUCUCUGUUUGCAGAUCCAGUAUACAUCUGAGCGCUGUACGUGCCGGAGUACAGACUUCGGGAGUGAACUUGAACAUUUUUUUGGAUUGUUCUUCCCAAACAGAAAAAUAUAAGAGUUGGACAUUUGUAAAAAUGAGAAGUCUCCUGCUGAUAAUUGCUGUUUUACAGCAAAGUUCAGUGUAUUGUGAAUGGUCGUACUCCGGCGAAACAGGUCCCAAUUUUUGGAGCUCUGCGUAUCCUGAAUGCUCCAAGACAAAACAGUCUCCAGUUGAGAUCUUUCAUGACCAGGCAGAGCCAAAGAAUACCCUUUCAGGAUUUCAUUUUCAUGGUUAUGACAACACAGACAAUAUGGAAAACCUCACUGUAUGGAACGACGGAUAUACAGUGACUGUCCGUGUUCAUGGUGAUCUGAAGAUUUCUGGUGGAGGACUGGAUGGCCUGUAUGCUCUGGCACACUUUCACUUCCACUGGGGACAUUCUGAUAGAGUUGGAUCCGAACAUUUCCUCGACGGCAAAUCUUAUCCACUUGAAAUGCAUUUUGUUCACAAAACAGUUCGUCACAAAAAAAUAGCGAAUGCACUGGCAGAUCCGACUGGUCUCGCUGUUCUUGGCGUUUUUGCCCAAAUAGGCAAACCACAUCCGUAUUUCCAGGCAAUCAUAGAUAACCUGAGACUUUUAGAUAUAGGUGAUUACGCUAACGUCCGUCCAUUCCCGUUGAAGAAGUUGCUUCCGGAUGACUAUGAAACAUAUUACCGUUAUAGCGGCAGUCUAACCACGCCCCCCUGCUCUGAAAGUGUCGUCUGGACUGUGUUUAGGGAACCAAUAGAAAUCUCAGAAUUUCAGCUCCAGCAAUUACGGGCACUAUCUUCCAUAUCAAACAUCACAGAUAACUUCCGGCCUGUACAGCGGCUCAAUGGCAGACGCAUCUACGUCAGGAAGAAGCCUGAAACUGGCUCGAGUGAUCAGUCUAAACCUGGCUAUAACGAUAAGAACACUGACGGCGAAUGGGAUCCAACCGGAAGCAGUUCUUUAAAUAUGGCGUCCGCGUUGUUUGUUAUCAUAAUAAGUGUUGUCUCAAAGUGUUUAUUUGCUUAACUGUUUUACCCGUUACAAUGGGACUACUUUCUUAGCCAUGGAAAAAAAAGAACGUUCGAGGGGUGCUUGAAUACAAAGUUUCACCCAAAUUGAAGAAAUGGAGAGAGUUUCAGUAGUCAGAUGAAAAUUGUAACUUUAAGGUCAUGAUAAAUGUAAAAUAUGCCUUUUAGGUUUUUCUGUAAUUUUCUACUUUACAAAGAAAGAUAGAUGAUCAGUUUUAACAGAUUUGUAUGUACUUGUAUGUACUGUAUUUUUUGUAAACAUAUGCUCAAUCGUGAGCUGUAUUUUUUUUAUAACGGACGAAAGUAUACUCCCUGCAUUCAGCGUGAUCGUAUAUUGAUAAUGGUCGCGUAAUAAGUGUUCAGUACAGGAGCCCAGUUAGAACUACCGGGUGUCUCGCUGUUGAUGUUUGCAACACUCGGAGACAAGUAUGACAGAGGGCAACAUAAGAAACACUUUGUUUACAUUGACUUACAGCUGGAAUAACUGGCAGUCAGUAUAUUGUCAGUAUGUGAAUAAUGCAUUCACUGUUCAAGGACAUUGACUUACAUCAUAGAUAUACAUUUUUAAUCGUUUUGCUUCUAUACAUGUGCUAGAUUGUUAAUUCGUUUAAUAACAAAUGACAAGAGAUUCAGAUAUACUUGCACAAUUGAUAUAGCUGCAUUUGUUUGUUUGAAAACCUGGAAAUAUUUAAGGACAUACUUUUUUUCUUCAAAAAAAUGAUCCAUUAAACAAAUCGGGCUGAAAAUACCGGAAAAUACUUAUUUUGAUAGAUACUCCAUAUAUAACAAGAAACAGUCAUAUAUUGCCUGUAAGCGUAUGCUAAAAAUGAAGCCGGAAAAGGGUUAAUUUGUACAAUAUGUAAUAAUUUGUAUAGCAAAGAUAUUUGUAAUGUUUUUGCUUUAUUUAUUGUAACAGCACGCAUGUAUGUUGGCCCGCUUGUUUGAAGUGUUAGCAUACGGUUAGUGCUCCGUUUAAUAUCACCGACAUAAUUCGUCAAAUAAAAAUACCUAAAAACUA